AUGCUCCCGAAGUCAGCGUACUCGCGUUUGCGCUCCAUCUGGAUCGCUUGUCCGAACGACCUUCCCUCUAUAAAAUCCAUCCCCUGCCGUGACCUCCGGGUUCUAAAGCUCUGGGAUACCGCCCUGACCGAGCGCUCCCCGUUCCUCCUCGCCCUCCAAGGCAACCCGCUCCUCGAGGUUCUGGAGCUCUGCAUCUUCUUCGCUCGCAACGCCGACCACGCACCCAACGACGUCCCGCCCGACUUCACCAUCGACCUCCCCCACCUGCGCCAUCUGGUGAUACACGCGAUCACGAAACCUCUGGCCUUGCCCGGCUACUACAAUACGGCCGGUCCAGCCGCCGCGGCCCACGUCCUCCAAUACCUCUCCCUCCCCCCGACCGCCCGCACCGACGUCGUCCUCGACGCCCAGUCCAUGCCGCACACCGGCGACCCUCCCCGCGUGCUCCACCCGCUGCGCACGCCCGCAGAGACGCUGACGCACGCGACGCUGGCGCUCCCCGACCAGCGCGGCGACGUCCGCCUCCGCGGGCGCGCCGCGGAGGACGGCGACCCCGACGGCGCCGAGACGUUCGCGCUCCGGUGCAUGCCCUUCCUCUGGACGGAAGCGCGGGGGUGCGCCACGGCGCUCGCGUUCCCGUGCCUCGCGCGCCUCGCGCUCGCGCUCGAGGGCGACCGGGCGUGGCUCGCGCGGGAGCGGUCGUGCGAGGCGAGGACGGUGCGGGCCGUGUUGGACGCCGCGCCCCACCUGCGCGAGGUGACGGUGCGCGGGGCAGACGUGGCGCUCGAAGUGUUCGCGACGGUGCUCGGGACGCGGUGCCCGGAGCUUGGGUUGGUGAGGGUCGAGGGUGGUGCAGUCGGAACGAAGGGCAGGAAGCGAUUGGUUCGAAUGUGUAAGGCGCGCGGGCUGCAGGUCUUCCUGAACUGA